UGGCUCGCGCUCACCUGAAACGACUGAAGACAACAGCGGGAGGGCCAGGCGGACAGGUUGGAUCCGGAAGAGAGGACAGGCAGCGUUUUCCUGUGCGGCUCAAAGACUUUCCUAGGGUUUUUUUUUACUUCAACCAUUCCGCGUGCUUCUUAUAAAAAUACAACAACAAAGAAAAAAACACGCAGCGUAUUUAUGGAUGUAACGCGGCGCGAGGACAACAUGUCAGAGACCAAAAAUAAGCUGAUCGUCGUGGUGGAUGUUCUUUGUGUCUUUGUAGCUGCGCUUCCUUCAGCCAUCCUCACGCUUAAUUUCAGCCCUUAUCAGAGGGAUAUCUUCUGCAAUGACCAGACCAUCAAGUAUCCAUACAAGAAAGACACCAUCUCGCAUGGAACCAUGGCUGCAGUCACCAUCACCUGCUCCAUCGUCAUUAUCACAACUGGAGAAGCAUUUCUGGUGUACAAGAAACGUCUGCACUCCAACACCAAAUUCAACCAGUACUUGUCUACUCUCUACAAGGUGGUGGGCACCUACUUGUUUGGGGCGGCUGUCAGUCAGUCGCUGACCGACUUGGCGAAGUUUACCAUCGGUCGUCCUCGCCCGAACUUCUUUUCCGUCUGCGCUCCGGUAUCCUGCGAGGGACUCGUGCUGCGCAGUAACUGCACCGGCGCCGCACGGAAUGUGACGGAGUCCAGGCUUUCUUUUUACUCUGGUCACUCCUCGUUCGGGAUGUACUGCAUGGUCUUUCUCUCGCUUUAUGUUCAGGCCAGGAUGCAGGGGAAGUGGACCAGAUUAGCGCGACCCACCAUCCAGUUCUUCCUGGUGGCGUUUGCUGUGUACGUGGGUUACACGCGCGUUUCCGACUACAAACACCACUGGAGUGACGUGCUGGUGGGGCUGCUGCAGGGGGCUCUCAUUGCUGUGCUCACUGUUCGAUACGUGUCUGAUUUCUUUAAGCAGCGACCUCCUCUGGUUAGGACGACAAACGGGACAGAGGAGGAGCAGCUGGAACACAAACCCGGAACGCAGCCUGUGGAGCACGGCAACCACCGCAACUGCCCUGGACCUGUAUGAGUCGCCCCCCAGCUCCAAUAGCAUCUCCGUUACCAAAAGACCUGGAAGUAGAAAACAUUCAGCCAACAGUUUUAUAGCCACCAGAACUUGUUGGAACACAAGCUCCAUUUCUAUAUUUCCAUUUUGUGUAUGUAUGUGUGUUUGUGUGAGAGAGUGUGUCUGGGCAUGUACAAAUGUAUUGCAAACAUGCAUCUGUGUGUGGUUUUGAACAAUAGUCAAUAACUAUGUAUAUAUUUUUGUUUUGUGUGCGUGUUGUUUUUUUUUUUUUAACAACUCCUCUUUGACAAGUAGAAAGGUUCAAAUCUGUGCAGAGGAGUUUGCCAGAGGGAUGCGUUCCUUUUCAGAAAAGAAGUUUCUGUGGCUGAGCGAAGGAAAAAAAAAAAAACGUUUUCCACUUUGGUUCAGUCAGACGAAACUCUCUGCACCCCUCUGUCCCCGAAGCUUUAGUCUUUCUCUGCACGACAGCUUUCACUGUCACAUACUGGGGCGAUAAUGUACAAAGAUAACAUUUUUAUCCUGUUUAUAACUGCUGUAUCUAAUAAAUUUUGUAGUAUUUUUAACCUGUAAGCAGUCAGGAGUGGCAGUUUUAUAACCAAUAAAUAAAAAUGAUCUUAUGUCACAAGUUAUUUUAUUUGCACCUUAACGACAUGAUUCAAAUAAAUGAUUAUGUUCUACAUUUUA